AUGUUAAUCACUCACAAAUACAAAUCAAUAAGAAAAACAGAUGGACAAAAAAAUCUAAUUUCAAUAAAUAACAUCAACAUACCAUCCAUCUUCCAACAUAUCAACCACAUAUCACAUCAAAAAGGUAGAAAUACACUAUUCAGAUUUUUCUCAAGGUCACUUCCUGGAAUCAACUAUGAACGUAACGUACCAUGCAAAAUCUGUAACAAUAUAAUCCGUGACCCAUACACUCACCUUUUUAUAGACUGUAUGCAAGUAAAAGAAAUAGAAAACAUAAUAAUUUCAACAUUCAACAAUCUCUCAUUCUUCAAGAUCAGAAAUUGGGAUCUCAAUUCACUAGAUAUUAGCAAAACAAAUAAAAAAGAAAGAAUCUACCCAAAUUUAAUCGGCAUAAUUAUACAUCAACUAUGGAGAAUAAUUUGUCACAAACUAUUCAAUCAAGACGAAUCUAAAUCUCCACCCUCAUUUGAUCCAACAUUAAUUGAAAAAGAACUAACCAACUUAAUUAAAAUAGAGAAAUUCAUUUUAAUAAAGAAGAUCGAAAGGAAUGAAACAAUAUACAAAUUAAAUAACAGAGACCAAUUAAUAAUCAACUUCAACACAUCAUGGCAUAACCCGAACACUCCAAACCCAAUUCCAUUAUAA